CACCGCCCCCUGGAGGAGAGGCGCAUGCGCAGCGGGAAAGCGCUGGGUUUUCGAACGAACGGCCUGGCGCGCAAGCUUCAGAGGCGGCGGCCCCGGCCCCGGCGCUGGGCGACAGGGCUGUCGGCGACAUGGCAGAGGCGCUGUAAGCAGCAGAUCGACAUUCUGCCGGGCCAAAAUGUGCUGAAAAUUAUACAAGAUCGUUUUGGAAGUUGUGUUGAUGAUAUUACAACAUAUUCUCCAAACCUAACACGGUGCUCAACCCCCAUUGAUAUAAUCCAAAAAGAGAAAGAGAAAAUAUUUCAGAAAAGUUCAGGUUUAUUUGACUUGGUGACUAAGACCUUUACUGGUAGUCCAUCUUUAACUCUAUCUCCAGUGAAAACAGCUGACAGCACAGCAGAACAGUCACUUGCAACACAUCAGAAAUCUGCAAUACUUAAAGACAUUGAUUCUAAUGAAACAAAGCAGCGUGUGGUAGAAGAAAAAAGCUCACAUGACAAUGACAUUGCGGACACUAAGGAUCUCGUUGCUUCUAGCAAGCAAGAUGAUGUCUCAGAAGAUGUUGAAACCACAAGUCAAAAUCUUGCUGACACUUCUGAAGAUGAGGAUAUGGAUGUGGCCAUGGGGUCACCUGUUCUUUUGGAAGAAGCAAAACUGUCUCCUGUGUGCUUACAUACAGAAAUUGAAAGCUUGGCAGUAUCUCAGUCAAUGGAAGAAGAUCAAGUUGCUCCAAUGGAAAGAGUAAAAUGUCUUACUGUGCCUUCUGAACAGAAAGUAAAGAAGCCUUUUUCUUCAGCACUCUUAACAGCCAUGACAACAGAAACAAUUGAAAAAAGUAAGCAGCAGAUCGACAUUCUGCCGGGCCAAAAUGUGCUGAAAAUUAUACAAGAUCGUUUUGGAAGUUGUGUUGAUGAUAUUACAACAUAUUCUCCAAACCUAACACAGUGCUCAACCCCCAUUGAUAUAAUCCAAAAAGAGAAAGAGAAAAUAUUGCAGAAAAGUUCAGGUUUAUUUGACUUGGUGACUAAGACCUUUACUGGUAGUCCAUCUUUAGCUCCAUCUCCAGUAAAAACAACUGACAGCACAGUCAAACAGUCACUUGCAACACAUCAGAAAUCUGCAAUACUUAAAGACAUUGAUUCUAACAAAACAAAGCAGCGUGUGGUAGAAGAAAAAAGCUCACAUGGCAUUGACAUUGCAGACACUAAGGAUCUUGUUGCUUCUAGCAAGCAAGAUGAUGUCUCAGAACGUUUUGAAACCACAAGUCAAAGUCCUGCUGACACUUCUGAAGAUGAGGAUAUUGAUGUGUCCAUGGGGUCUCCUGUUCUUUCGGAAGAAGCAAAACUGUCUCCUGUAUGCUUACAUACAGAAAUUGAAAGCUUGGCAGUAUCUCAGGCAAUAGAAGAAGAUCAAGUUGCUCCAAUGGAAAGAGUAAAAUGUCUUACUGUGCCUUCUGAACAGAAAGUAAAGAAGCCUUUUUUUUCAGCACUCUUAACAUCCAUGACAACAGAAACAGUUGAAAAGUGCUAUUCAGCCCCUGUAUUGCCACCAGCUGCUACUCCUGCGAAAGAGAUGGAGAUAGAACAUGAUUGUGAGUUUUUAAUUGAUGAAUCAGAAGAAGAUUCUUUUACAUCCUGGUUUUCAAUACCAAAAAAGAAAAAACAAACAGAAAAGACUAAAAAUGAUGAAAACAUACAGAAAUCUGCCAAGACCCCAAAUCAGAAAAAUACCACAGCUUUGAAACAGAAAGACCAAACAUUUACUGUGCCACUUGUUGAAUCAAGCACAAAUACAUACUACAGAACAAGAGAAGAUUCAUCUGGGUCUUCAAAUACAGCUUCACAUUCAUCAGAGCAGGCUCUUUCUUCAAAAGAGAAUCAUUAUUCUCAAAAUUAUUACCAAUCCAUUUCAAAAAAUGCUCCCUACUCGUCCCACAAGAAACAAACUGAUAAGCAGAAACUUUCAGAAGUUAAAUCACCUGAAAAACUGGGAGAUAAAAAAAACAAAGUUAGGAAGCCUGCUCAGAAAGCUACCAGUAGAAGAUUGAGAGUGAAAGUCUCAGAGGAGAGUUCUGUAAAUCAGUCUGAAGAGGAAAUGAAUGAAAGUGAACUUUUACAAUCAGAUGAGGUGGUCAUCCCAUCAUUGCAGCGGGAAACACUUACUUCUGCAUCACAAAAGUCCUUGAAGUUGUUAAAACCUAAACAUAGGUUAAAUUCAUUAGGAUCAGUUGAUGGUGUCUGUAUCAAAAGCCCUGCCAAAUUUCAGGAAUCUCUACAGAAUUUCAUAGACAGUACACCAAAUGCUGGUGGUGGGAAAAGAGAAUCAGCCAAGUCUCCAAGGAAGGCAUCUUGUAAGAGGACUCGAAAAAUAAAUAAAAUGGUGUGCUCAGGUCCUGAAGAUACUGAAACUAGCAGUGCAUCAGUCCACGAGGACUCUUCUCUUCAAGGCAUGGCACAGCAAAAAUGCAGGAAGGUGGAUGUAUCUGUAAAAACAAAAAAAGACCAAAAAAAGAGGAAUGUGCAUAGGUCACAAAGCUCUUCAGUAUCUGAAGAAACAAUGCAUCAUCACAGUGGGCCUGUUCAGACACAGUAUGUUACACAUACUUCAAAAAAUGACAAGCCCAUUGCUUGUGAAUUGGACAGUUCAUCUUCAGAUACUUUUGUGGAAAGUGACCUGACUAUCAGGCGUUCAUUAAGGCAUAAACUAGUAAAGCCUUCCAACACUCCCAAUGUUCGCCGAACAAAAAGAACACGACUAAAACCUCUGGAAUAUUGGCGAGGCGAGCGUGUCAACUAUAUGAGUAGGCCUUCAGGAGGUUUUGUGAUUGCUGGAGUAGUGCGUCCAGUAUCACCCGAAAAAGUUAAGAAGAAGAGAAAUCACCAUGUUCAGAAAAAAAAACAUGAUAGAGUUGAAGAUUUGGAUGUUUCCUUGGCAGAUGCUUCUAAGCCAACUGCUGUAUGGGACCCAGCAGUUAAUGGAGAGGUUUUUUUGGAGUGUAUUAGCACUGGACAUAAUCAUUCCUUCUUCUUUAAAGAUGAGUCAGUGGAAAUAUAUAAACACCUCAAUACAUCUGUUUUUGCUACUGGUAAACUGAUCUUGAAACCACUUAAAGAAAAGGGGUAUCAGUUUAUCCACAUGGAUAAAAUACUGAGCUGUGCCUUUCUUUUCUAUUUCCAAUGAUUCCUGUUUCUUCACCAGCCUUAAAAGUCUGGCAAACAUCACCAAAUGGAGCCCAAACAGUUUACCCAGAAUCCCUCUUUCACUACUCCAUCUUAGCCAUAUGAUAAAUGUGGCCCUGCCCUCUGAGGUGGGAGCUGGACCAGCUCUUUACCUGGUUGCUCUUUACCCAGCUCUUUACCUGGUUGCUCUUUACCUUGUCUGCGUAUAAAUUUUUGGAGGAUCCUGGAACUCAUGACAACACCUGGUUCCAGUCAUGAAUGAGAGCCUAAUUAGCACGUGGAUCCUUUGUGGGGUGUGCAGUGCUGAGCUGUGGGGUCACCAUGGCUUGAAAUGCUGUUGACUGUGCUGGGGCUCCAUCCAAUGAACAAGCAUCUUGGCUUUCGACUAAUAUCAUGCAUGCAAAUCGGACAAGAAGUCGACAAAUACAGACCCUUACUCAAAAUCGUAAGAAAAAGAAAGAUGCAGUGGUUUGGACAUGUAAUAAGAAGGCCUGGCACCCUUACCAACACCAUUCUGCAGGAUGCUGUGGAAAGAUGAACAGGAGGAGGAAGACCUAGAACAAGCUGGAUCACCUGUUGGAUCGAAGGCUGGACAGGAUUAAAAGUGACUGAUUGUACAAGAAUUGUAAAAGACUGGGAAGAAUGGGGAAAAGUUAUUGCUAACAUCAAAGGUUUCCCAACACUUGAUGUGGCCUUGGGAUUGACUUGACUUAAUAUCAUGCAUAGUUUAUACUAUGUACAAAUAAGUUUAAAAAAAGGUUGCUCAAAAGUAUGUUUAUAUGUGCUAAAACUUGAAGCAGUUUAAAAAAAGAUAAAAUCCAUCAGUGCUGAAUGAACUUAGUCUAUGGUACUAGAUGCAAAUUACAACAGCUAUGUUUAUUUCAAGGUCAGUGUUUUUUCAAUUUGCCUCACUUUCAUGUGCUUGGGGAGAACAGGGUCUUGACAGUAAGCCGGGGCAGGGGGGGGGCGGCGCUCUGGAGGGGGAAGAGUUUGGGGGUGCAAAGGGCAAGGAGGCCACCUGACCCUCCCCCAGAUGGAUUUUCCCUGUUGUAGCAGUGGGAGGGGGAUAAAUUCAAGGCAUACCUCCAAUAAUUAGAUUCUAUACCUAGAAAAUUAUAGCAGAUUUAUAAAUUUUCUAUAUAUUGAUCUAGUUAUUGGGGGUGUCUUUGUAUAUUCAGGUCAUCUUAUAUUCGGGUAAAUACAGUAAUACCAAAGACUUUGGUCUGCAUUGGUAUUGAUGGGGGAGGAGGGAGAAGUAUGCAUGCACAGGAUCCAGAGCAGCUUCCCCCCCACCCUUUGCUAUUGCACUUGGGGCAGCCAUGUGUCUGGGGCCUGGCCUAGCAGCCACCCCAGCGUGAGGGUGUGUGUAGUGGGCAGCUGGGCCCUCCCAC